AUGGCCAGUAGAAAACUACUCUUCCUGUCCAAACAUGUUCUCCUUCGUCACCAAUUAUUGACAUCUCAACAGGUAUCAGGUAAUUGGUCGAGGCUACCGCCAAAUGGGCAUCUGUCCAGGCGCCAGUUCAGCAUGUUUGAUGAGUUAUCUGAGAAGAUUAAAGGGGAAGUUGAAAGGAAUCAAGAUUUUCAAAAAUCCAUUAAGGAAAUCAAAGAGAAGGCCGAAGAACUGAAAGGAGUCAAAGAAGAUUUGAAAGUUAGAACGAAGCAGACUACCGAGCAGCUGUACAAGCAAGUAGAUGGUGUCUGGAAUGAGGCUGAAGCAAAGGCAAAGAGGGUAUAUGCCGAUGUGGAAGAGAAAAUAUCUGCUGCUAAAGAGGAGGUAAAAGGAAGCUUUGGUAUCGGAAAUCAAGAGGCAGCAAAGCAAGACAGCGAAAGCUCGAAUAACAAAGAUGGAAGCAAGUCUUCUUUUGGUGAAGAAAAGCAAGGUGAUGCUGAAACUCUAUUCAACAAGUUCAAAUCUGGCGUUUCUUCCAUUUCUCCAAAGGUUUCAUUGGCAUUCCAUAAAGUAAAAGAAGCAAAACCGGUGGAUUUGGUGAAGAAGGGUUAUGAGAUUGUGAAGGAUGAACUGAAAGGUAACCCCAACAGGAGGAAGCAUCUUGAGUAUGAUGCUUUUAAAACUGCUCAACGACAAAAUAUCGAGAAAAGUACUCGGACAGACAUUGUCGUGUUACCUUCAAAGCAGUCUCAAUGGAGCAAGAAAUGGGAAGCCUUUAAGAACAAGAUGCGAGGCCAUCCUGUAUUCAAGCACGUCAGUGGGAUUAGUGAGCCUGUAAUCGGAAAGAGUCAGGAGAUUGCUGAAGAUAUGCGGGAACGGUGGGAGACUAGUGAUCAUCCAGUUGUUCACAAAAUUCAGGAUAUUAGUGAAACUGUUCUAGGAGAAUCAGAUGCUGCCAUGUCAGUUAAAGAAAUAAGGCGCAGGGAUCCAACUUUCUCGUUACCUGAAUUUGCUGCUGAGGUUCAAGAAGUUGUCCAACCAGUUCUCAAUGCUUAUUUCAAAGGGGAUACUGAAGUAUUGCAGAAGUACUGUAGUUCUCAUGUAAUUGAGCGGUGUAAAGCGGAGCACAAAGCCUAUAAAAGCCAGGGAAUAUUUUUUGAUCACAAAAUAUUACAUGUAUCAGAAGUUGAAGUUCGAGAGACCAAAAUGAUGGGGGAGACGCCCAUAAUUAUUGUGGCUUUCCAAACGCAGCAAGUUUAUUGUGUUCGUGAUAAACUUGGCUCAGUAACAGAAGGUGGUCAGGACAUGAUCCACACUGUGUAUUAUGCUUGGGCUAUGCAGCAGUUGGAUCCAGAAGAAGUUGGGGAAGGAGCCCCUUACUCCAUAUGGAAGCUUCGAGAAAUUCAGCAGCAAGACAGAAAGAUACGCAUACAACACACAGGACAGGACAGGUCAGGUCAGGCAUCAAUGGCGUCCACGCUCAUAUCCACCCCUCUCAAACUUCACCACCUACAAUCCCACGCUUCACUUUCAUGGCGCUGCAACAGUUUGCCACUCGAUUCCAUUCCCUCUCACUCUCACCCCAUCUCCCCAACUUUCAUCCCUAAAGGCAGGAGUAAAACGGCGGUGAUAACUUGCAAUGCCCAAGCAGCGCCGGCCGCGGUCAAUCUGGCUCCGGGGACUCCAGUGAGGCCAACGAGCGUACUGGUUGUGGGUGCCACAGGCACACUGGGCCGGCAGAUUGUGCGCAGAGCCCUAGACGAGGGAUAUGACGUCAGGUGUCUCGUCAGGCCUCGACCUGCCCCUGCUGAUUUUCUCCGCGAUUGGGGCGCUACAGUUGUCAAUGCAGACUUGAGCAAACCUGAGACUAUACCAGCAACAUUAGUCGGCAUACAUACGGUGAUUGACUGUGCCACGGGACGUCCGGAGGAGCCCAUAAAAACCGUAGAUUGGGAAGGAAAAGUUGCUCUUAUACAAUGUGCAAAGGCUAUGGGGGUCCAAAAGUUUGUUUUCUUCUCCAUCCACAAUUGUGACAAGCAUCCUGAGGUUCCGCUUAUGGAGAUUAAGUACUGCACCGAGAAGUUUAUUCGUGAUUCAGGCCUCAACCACAUAACUAUCCGACUUUGUGGCUUCAUGCAGGGCCUGAUUGGGCAGUAUGCAGUACCCAUUCUCGAAGAGAAAUCUGUUUGGGGCACAGAUGCUCCUACAAGAAUAGCUUACAUGGACACCCAGGAUAUUGCCCGAUUAACAUUUAUAGCUCUACGCAAUGAGAAUAUCACUGGAAAACUUCUCACAUUUGCUGGUCCUCGUGCCUGGACUACCCAAGAGGUGAUAACCUUGUGUGAGAGGCUUGCUGGUCAAGAUGCAAAUGUCACCACUGUCCCUGUCUCUGUUCUGAGAUUUACUCGGCAACUGACUCGUCUAUUCGAAUGGACCAACGAUGUUGCUGAUAGAUUGGCAUUCUCAGAGGUUCUUACAAGUGAUGUUGUUUUUUCGGCUCCAAUGGCUGAGACAUACAAUCUGCUUGGAGUGGAAGCAAAGGAUAUUAGUUCCUUGGAGAAAUAUCUGCAGGAUUAUUUCACAAACAUUUUGAAGAAGUUGAAAGACAUCAAAGCACAGUCCAAACAAACUGACAUUUACUUUUGA